UAGUCCCCUUUUCAGUAUAUAAAACUGAUAUUAAGCCAGUGACUCUUCGGUUAGCCUUUUAAAGCUAAAUGAUGUAGGCUUAUAUAUGUGUAUAUAAUGUAAGAAAACUUCAAGAAGAACAAAAUAGACGGACUGAUGCAAACCUUAAUGUCAAAAAUGUCAAUAAGGUGCUCUUCGCUCCCCUUAAACUCACUGUCUCUUAUGGUGAAUGCUAUCUCCUUCCAUAACGAGCACACCUACAAAAAAGAACAAACGACUUUCAUGUAUAGAGUUAGCUACAGUAAAAUGCAAUAAUGGUUAAUGGUUCACACACCCUUCUGUCUUAAAGCCAUGUCUAUUUGCACCUCUCCGACUAAAGACUAGUCCAAGAUUGUUUUCUUGUGUCUUUCCAUAAAAGGUGUGGAUAAUAUUUAACACUGAAUGUGUCAAGUGUAUUUUAAAUACUUAGUGUUAGUAAACUUCUAAUGAUGUAGGGACUGCAUUUUUUCCCAGAGUAUCACCAUACUAUAGCACUAAAUUUUUACUGCUGUUGAAAAGAUAUGACAUAUGUCUUGUGGCUAUAGCAGAUAUAGCAUCUAUGAUUGUACUGAAAAUGAAAAACAUCCUUUGCCGACCUCAGCCAGUAAGGAUUAUGUGAGUGUUAUAUCAAGUACACAUCUGUGCACCAGUAAUUUUUAAUAUCUCAAAUCCUUUAGCAAUGACAAUCAACCUACUGAGUUCACACAUUCAACUUGGAUUACUUUGUCAGAAAUAGAAUCCUAUAAUUCUAAGAAAUGCAUGAUAGAAGUAUAGAAGUCCUAACCUCUACAAUGAACUCCUUAGUCAAUGAGCCUGCAUAGCUGCUGAGCUCCUUGUUGCUGUGCACUACUCUUUUACAGUUCUUUCCUUUUCGUUGUUUAGUCAUAGGAACUCCGGGCUUGUACAGUUGCUUAAAGUUGCUCUCCAUGUCCUCUUGUUUUCCUUUCCAGUAUUUCGUAAGUCUGGCAAACUCCCCACUUGCAACUGGAUAGACAGAGCCACAUUUAAUAAGAGCAGUAUUAAUAACAAUAAUGAUAUUGAUAAUAAUAAUAAUAAUAAUAAUAAUAACAAUAAAACAUGAAUACAAGUCUUUAUACAGAUGGUCUGUUAUCAUGCAAGGUGUUCUACAAUUAAUGGCACUGCUAGAUAAAAAAAAGGUUACUAUAAAUUUAACUAAAAAUACUAAAAUGCUAAUAAUAAUAAAAUUUUAGGAGUGAAUAUUAAGACGGGGCUGCCACCUAAGUGCCACAGUAACAAUUUUUAAGUUCAUUAUAAGGUAGGCAUUCCACACAGGUAGGGAACUAUAAUAAAGGGUAAACAGUAAAUUCAGCCAAAACAAAAAAAUUACACAUCAAAACAUCAGGAUGGCUUAAGGUCUCGGUAAAGGAAAACGAGGCGCCCACAGAAAAAAAUUCUAGUCGCACGAGUAUUUUCGCUACAAUUAAAGGCAAGUUAUAUAUCAAAUUAAAGCUAAAAGACUAAAUUACCUUAUAAAAGAUUUUAUUUCAUCGAAUUUCAAAAGGCGCCUAAGUUUUUUGCUCUCAAACUCAGAGGUAUCGAGUUUACUGCUGAAGCUCCAGCCCUUUCGCGUUGUUAAAUAUUCACUUCCUUUUUGUUGCGUCUGAUUGACAGAUAAAAGACCUAAAAAAGGGUGUGAGGAAAUUUGCAUAUGUCUCGUAUUAGCGGAAUUAUUGCAUUUCAAACUAAAAAGUCGAAUCUCGAGCGCGAUUUACACAAAGAAACUGACAUAAAAUGAGUUACAAAGGGAAAUCAGAAAAUUCCUCACACCCUUUUUGAGUCUAUAUCAUUAUCCAUCAUAUCUGAAAGUUUCAAAGCGAUAGCUUAAAACCUGUCCCGACUGGAGGUCGGAGAAUUUUGAUUUUUGCGUCUAAAAUAGAGUGAGAGAAAAUCAGCUCUAAAGAUUUAGCGCGAGGUCCACGCCUGGCUGGUUAGCUCAGGGAAGGCUCAUUUUAGAAGGGUUAAAAAGCACUUUCUGAUUUCCUUUUUUGCCAAAAUAAAAUUUAGGACUCGCUCAUGCCAAAAAUCCAAAAAAAAACAAAAUCGAGCAAUGUACUAAAAUUUUCAUUUACCGAGACCUUAAUGUGCAAGGUACCUGAAUUCACAAGAUUAAUCUCCUCUUGGUGUGUGCCAAAAUCACGAAUGAAAAUCCCACUCUCCAACAUUUCAGUGUAAUACUGCAAAAUGGCAUAUAGUUUGUUAGAACAUUAUUGGUUUUGUGUAAAAAAAACCAAACUUAUUAAGGCAUAGGUGUGCACAUGGGCAUGCACUGAUCAUAAAAAAUGUAAUAUUUGCUAAAACUGAAAUGGUGAUGGUGGUUUUGUUUCCUUCAAACUUAUAGGCUUGUUUAAUAACGCCAUCAUUCUGUAUUUUGGUCUAUUUGUCUAGCGUUUCAGGCCAUAGUUAUGCUAUAAUAAUACUCGAGGACAGUGCACCAACAAGUAUUGUUUGGAUACCUAUAAAAGAAAAAGUAAGGAAAAAAUGGGAAAGACACCUUUUGCCGGGCCUCACAAAAUGAUAUCUUGUUCAGGAUGCAUAAUUUUGCUGCCUCAGGGUCUUGGAAAUGAGUUUCUAACUUGGAAAGAGGCAGAGACUUGUCAACAAUGUCCUCCAGUGAAGCCAACAUUUGUCGCUCAGUGCCUCCUGUCAAAAUAAAAAGGGUACAAUAAUUAUUUUAAAAAAAUCAGAAUUUCUUCACCAUUAAUUUGUUUUCAUGCCUCACAAUACAAAGCAUUAAACAGUUUCAUGUAAACAUUUCAUGUGGUCAACUACCCUUAUUUAAAGGUGCUUAAGUUUAAUAUUUCAAUAUUGUUACCAGCAUUAAAAUGAUGCUCUCCAUAAGUCCCAUUCGUUUUGGCAAAAAGCCCUAGAGAAAAGCAAGGAAGAUUUCAAUAUGUUACACUGAACUGUAUGAGGUGUGCCACCCGCCAGUUCAGAUGGGGAGGAAAUCAUAAAAUGGUAAGGUUUUAUGUAUGUUACACUGAACUGUAUGAGGUGUGCCACCCGCCAGUUCAGAAGGGGAGGAAAUCAUAAAAUGGUAAGUUUUUAUGUAUGUUACACUGAACUGUAUGAGGUGUGCCACCCGCCAGUUCAGAUGGGUAGGAAAUUAUUAGAAAGUAAGUUGUUAUGUAUGUUACACUGAACUGUCUGAGGUGUGCCACCCGCCAGUUCAGAUGGGUAGGAAAUUAUUAGAAAGUAAGUUGUUAUGUAUGUUACACUGAACUGUCUGAGGUGUGCCACCCGCCAGUUCAGAUGGGUAGGAAAUUAUUAGAAAGUAAGUUGUUAUGUAUGUUACACUGAAGUGUCUGAGGUGUGCCACCCGCCAGUUCAGAUGAGUAUGAAAUUAUUAAAAAGUAAGUUUUUAUGUGCAAGAUUUUAACUAAUUGUUACUCGAAACAAUGUGAAGAGUAACUGACGUCACAUUUCAGUCAAGACUUUUUUACUUGGCUUAAGACUAAUCUUCUAAGCUAGACUUACCUGAGCAUGAGGCAAAAGAAAUGUUAUUUCGCUCAGGGGCUACCUGCUGUCCCGGCCUUAACUUGACUGUGAUGCGAUCUGCCUUGAAAUUAGCUGGACCAUAUUCAGAAAGUUUCUGAUUGCAGUCUUCAAGUGAUCCAAUCUCAUAGGCCAACAAGCCAAUACUCUUCAACAACUGCUCUGUGUUUCUCAUCUCACAGUGCAAAGCACAGAGACUCAUUGAAGACAGUUCCUCAUCAAGGAUGCAUGUCAAAUCAUCUCUCAAGCCUCUGAAACUAAUAAUCAUUAUUGCAAACAUUACAGUAUGCUCCAAACUUAAAAAAAAUACUCAAAAGAGAAACAAAAAUUUAUCACAACUGUAAAGCUGUCUAAAAAAAAUGCCUGCAGCAGCUAAUAUGAAAAUUUCAACAACAAAAAAUUAUUUUGUAUUAAGCUCAGUGGGAGCAUAAAAAGGGAUAACAUUCAAUGAGAGUGUGUCAAAUGAAAUGCCUGAGUUGAAUGAAACAGCAGCAUAUCAUGUGGAAGAAUAGUAACUUCGUUGCAAAUGUUUGAAAAGACAUACCCGCCAAUGUUCGCCUUUGUUUGAAGAAAGUGCUCAAGACACACUUCAUGCCUUCCUAAAUCACAAUCACAAGCCUAUAGAGAAAAAGAGAGAGAGAGACUAGGCUCAACAUUUGGGAGUACUUUCUGUACUGUUGAAAUUAAAGGAGUCUCACUUUUAAAGCACAGUACCACUGUUAAUAUGGCUAUACAUGUUGUUGAACUCAUUAUGUCAGGGGUCAAUUUUUGGUUCAUAACUCCCUGCAUUGGACUGAAAUUUAUACAAAGAUGCAGGAUCUGCAGCUAUCUUGAAAUGAGAAACCCAAAACAAUCUGGUUCUUAAACCCCUUAUUGUACCGGUAUUUUUUGUUUCCUUGCUAGCUUUCACAUUAACGAAAUGAUUAUGCAUUUCUUAAGGCCUGUAAAAUCCUACUACCACUGUCAACUAGGUACCAAAUUUUUUGUACUACAUAAUUAUAAUAAAAACUAAUCAGGUCCUUUUUUUCUUCUUUGAUGUAUCAUGCACGGGGGCAAAAAUAAAUUGUUGUGUAAAUAUGUAUAUUGCAGAACAGACAAACUGGACUAAUGAGAAGUCUGUAACUAUGUGUUUAGCAGCAUAGUCUAAACUUACCCUCAGUGCAAAACAGAAUAUGCAAAACUCGACACACAGGCCCCGUCCUCCCAGCAAAAAAUCUUCAUCUUCAAUUUUUGCCAUGAGCAACACUAAACCUUUGUAAUCAAGAGUAACUAAAAAAGGAACAACCAAAAGGCCAAUGUUAAAUGCUAGACAAUGCCAACAUUGUGUUAAGAUUGUACAUUCAACUCUAAAAUUGAAACUGUUAGUAAUUCCACUUUUCUCUCCUUGGUACAAAAGCCACCAUAAGUAACUCUUUUUUUCAUAGUUGAAAUAAUAAACUAACAGGCGAUCAUAAUUACCUUUGAACUGUACACGAUAGUGUUUGCCAUCCACUGUUAUUCCCAUCUUUUUCAGUUUGUCCUUCUGCUUGUUAAGAUUAUGAAGCAACUUCUUAAGGUCAUCUCUUAAAAACAGACAAGCAGAAUUAAUUUGAUAUAUGACUUGGAUUAACAAAAGUGCUUUUUUUAAGGAAGUGACUUUAUGCAGGUAAUGGGCUUAGUCACACUACCAUAAUAUUUCUUUUGCUUCACACUCAGCAGAUCAUUAGAAAAUAAAUUUUUUUGGAAUAAAUAUUACAGCUACAUUUGAGUGACAAAUAACGUACACAUGCAAUAACAGUCCAAAUGUCGAAAAAACGAAAGCAAUGCCACCAACCUGUUUUCCUUACAGUUAGCUAUAGCCAGAGGAUAGACUGACUUGGCACUCUGAGAGGACCGGUACUGAGCAUCAAGUGGAACAAUGCCAAAUGCAAGCUGGUCUUUGCCUGUAAUUUACAAAAUAUAAAAAUAUAUAAUGAUUAUAUAAUUUAUAUAUGCAUACACUUUAUAUAUGUAUUUAUUAUAUAAACACCAAUGAAAUACCAGGUGAGCUUUCGCGCGAAAACAUGAUAUCUUCACACGUGAAAAUAACGUGAAAAUAACAUGUUAUUUUCACACGUGAAAAUAUCACCGUUGCUAUGGCUACAUAAUAAAUCGCACCUUUCACAGGAAAAAACUGUUUCAGAGAAAUGAUUUGGUAUUUCAUUGGUGUUUAUAUAAUAAAUAGAACAUUACAUGGCCGCUUGGAGAUACGAAAUUUCUCUGCGCUCACUCGUGAAAUAUUUUUCAACACUCGAAGAGAAAUUGCGUAUCUCCGCGUGGCCAUGUAAUAUCCUACGGUAUCUAUAUACACUUUUGGUCUUCUUUAACUUUUUUUAUGUAUAUAUAUGUAAGUAUAUAUAUGUAAGUAUACAUGUACUGGCAGCAGCAGCCUUGAAUGUCAACCAAAUUUGGAAGAAUUUUGCAGAUAUGUGAACUGUUGGUGUCAUGUGUGCGGCAAAACUGCCAGCUUAUUGAACUGUUAACUGAGAAAACCUGGGGAUGAGGUUGAGUUGUUCUGGUAGUGAGUACAAAAUGGUGAAAGAAAUAGACAAACUAUUGGCUAAAAACACAGAAAGAACAGCAAGAAUUGACCUACAAAAAUAGAAAUAGCUUUGUAACAUAUCUACUUGAAACAAGAGAAAAGGAUAUAAGAAAAAAAACAAGGGGAAGUGUACAGUACUCAUGUACCCUUACCAUGGAAAGGACGCCCAUCAAUCGACAGUUUAAAUGUAAUGUCAUCAGGAAGUGACCCAUGUAGGCGCAUCUCCCUGAUGACCCAAACGGCAACAUUUUCAAGAUUUACUUCAAAUCCAGGGACUUCUUCAGGAAGAGCAGUAAUGUCCAUGAGUGAUCUUGUAACACUGAAGUGAGCCCUUCGCAGCGCUGCAAUAUUAUUCUUGAUGAGCAGAAUAGGUUCAUCUGAUGUUUUCUGUAAAAAUUUUAAAAUUACACCUGCUGUGAAACAUGCAAUGUUGUGCUAGAGACAAAAGCCAACCCCAAAAACGUAUUUAAGGUGUAAGAACAAGCCCCCUCCCCCCAUUACCCAAUUAAAAUAGAAGCAGUGCCAAUUAAAAUAAAAGUCCCCCAUCCCCUCCCCCACUGUCUUCAUAGCUGGGGAACACUAUAAGCACCCUAUCAAAAAUUCAUAAGGUCAGAAUAGAUCUUGUAACUUACCCCAGUUCUCGCAAGCUUCGUAAGAUUAGUUAAAUCCUGCCAGCCACUGUCUGAAAUUCUCGACUUCAGCUUGAAUAGGAGGUACAUCCAGUCAGGGACCCUCAUACAUUUCACUCUUUCGUUCCACGCGUCUUCGGAUACCAGCUUCUCGAAGGCUUUUCGUGCACCCUUUUCCGCUACCAUUGCGUCAACGACUGACUUCACUGUUUCGCGAACAUCUUGGCCUUCCUUUCCUGUCAUUUUCGAACAUUCUGCCAGCACGGUCCCCAGAGUUUCUUCGUUGUACACGCAGACUUCUCGAAUGUCUUGAAUAAUUCGAGUGGCAACUUCACGGACUUUCUUUCUUUUGCUGGGUGGGGAAAGAUCCUGAUCCACCUUGAUCUCUUCUAUUGUCCGUUUCUUCCUUUUUGGGUGGACAUCACUUGGAAUUUGUCUUGGCGGGCUCUCGAAUUUUGGCGGGCUUUCAGGAUUUGGCGGGCUUUGCCUUGGAGUGCUCGGCGGAGUGGGGAGAUCGACUUUUUGGCAUCCCUUGCUGCUUUUUACUUGUGGGGUGAAGUACAGGGCUUCCACUGCCGUAACCUGGGUCGGCAGAGAGGCAAUAUUUUGGUCGGAGUCGCCAACCUUGCACUGCAAGCCUCUCGCAUUUAGCACGGAUAUCAAACAAUGGAUGUAAUCCGACUUCAUGAAUUGGCAGUUGGACCACGAUUUUAAGCGGAGAAUCCCAAGCAGUAGACCGAAUGCCGAAGCCACGUACACUUUCUCGCUGCUCCGAAACGAGCAAAACCAGCGGAAAGACACUUGAGCUCCAUCUUCGCCACGCAGGUCAUUGAGGAAGACGAGCUUAUAUUCCUCAGGAAAUAAAUUCGCGGAUGAGGUGGAACAAAAGGCAGCUGGUUUUGAACAGCAUAAGGUAGAAUUCAAAGCGUACCAAUGCUUCUCUGGGUUCAGAUGAGGCGAAAAUACCCGCAUCAAGGAAAGCGUUUCGUACGCCAUUUCUACAUGAUUUGGCUUGGUUCCACAACUGAAGAAAACGACCUCUGGUAGCGGGUCGAGCGAACUGGAGCUUAUACCUUUUCGAAAAUAGCGCCAUAAGUAAAGUUUUUUCCAUAAAAAGCUUAAUCCAAUUACCAUCUUUGUUAGCUUGGUUGUACUUUCACUUUUCUUUUGUUUUGCACAGUUGAAAUGUAAUGUACUAACUUGCUGGUCGACUAGUUUAAUCAUUAAUUUGCCAUGCGCCGCUGACCGGUACUUUUUCUCGUACGUCACUUGACGUGAAAAAUUUCUGUUUGCAGUGCGCGGAGAUCUUAUCGAAAGUAAAAAGGAGGCAAAAGCUGACGUUCCUUCAUAUAAGGAGGGUAGAUUUCGGUGGCUAUAACGAUUAUUUGCGUAAAGAUAACUUCGAUACGGCCGGGUUUCGGCUUCAUAUCGCUAAAUAAUCCUAAUGGACAUGGAUGAGAUGACUAUAUCACUGCCCUAGCCCUCUCCCCUAGGGGCCUGUCCCGGUUUAUUUGAUAACCAACUAUCAUUACAAAACUAUUUAUUGACUGUUGAAUAGUUUAUUGAAAUUUAAUACGUCGCAGCCAUUACGCUAGCAUACGCUAUUAUAAACAAGUAUUAUUACCGAAUAAGUAAAAUCCAUAAAAAUGUACAAUUUAAAAUAUACAAUUAUUCAAAAAAAUGUUACGCUUUACAAUGCACUAAUCUAAGUCAUCUAACAAACAUUAUAGUAAUUCCACCUACUGUACAUAACUAAAUAUAAAAUAUUGAAAGCUCGCAACUAGCGAUCAUCUAGAAGACACUCACGAUAAUUUUAUUGGCUGCAAAUGCGACUAUAAAAGGAUUCCGUUCUCGGCUUGCAUGAAACUAGCGGUUCUUCUUUUAACCUUUUUAAAAAUAAAUUUGUAUGCGGCGUUUACGGACUUCGAAAUGACUUUGGAGUACAUCAUGAGCCUGUAGAACAUGAGGGGUUUUGGUGUCUUUUGUUGUUUUUUUAAUUUUUUUCGCCGUUAGGCUCGGGGGGAGGGGGGGGGGGGUACUUAAAACACCUUUAUACGGGGAGGCUCCGCCCCGAUUUUCAACCCCUUAACCUUUUAUAUAUCAUUUUUCACGAGAAAAGUACCCCUUUAAUAUACCUAGAUAUACCCUUUUAUAUACUUCAGCCAGUGAAAUCCCCGCCCUUUCAUAUAACUGAAGCCUGAAAAAGGUACCCGUUCGGGCGGAGCCUCCACGUAUAGGUCAUCACAGGGAGUACCCCCUCCCCCCGGCGUUAGGCAGACAAAAGCAAAAAUUAAAAUUGAACUGCAGCGAUUUCCUUGGCAAACUCUUGGAUGUUUGCUCUAUGAGAAGGUUCGUCGUUGGUUGCAGUCUUAACAACAACACGAACCUUGUCAUAAAAUCCCAUGGUCGUUGCAAUCGCUUUCAGCAUUCGUCCCAUAGAAUAUAUGUCACUGGCUGGACUGUACUGCCUGCACUUUACGACUUCAGGAGCAAGGUAACUUUUCACGUGGGCACUCUUCUCAUGCGUCUUCCUCUCGUUCACAGUUAUCGUGGCAGCAGAACGUAUUCUUGUGCUUUUGCCGAAAUCAAUAAGUACUGGGGCGUACUUUUCAGAAACAGUUUGAUCAAGCACCACAUUAUUGCUUUUAAUGUCAUUGUGCAAAAAUCCUUUCCAAUGCACGUGCUCUAAGGCGGAGCAGAUCUUCACAAAUAAAUGAACACAUUCGGUAGGCGUUAUCAUUUUGUUCUUUGCAGCUUGGUGAAGGGUCACACUUCUUUCGUUGACACCGUGGAACUGCGUUAAAACACAAAAUGGUGUAUUUGCUGUUGUGAUGCCUAUAAGCAUAGGCAGUCCGUCAUGGUCCCCAAGUGCAGUAAGCACUUCUGCUUCGUGGAUCACUUCACGCUUGGCCCUUAACUUGUCCUCUUCUGUAUCCCUGUGUAUCAUCUUCUUUACAACCACGUCGAUUCCCCUGUAACGGGCACGGUAGCAUUGCCCGUAGCUUCCACUACCAACAGCAUCUAGAGGCAAAUAGUCUAUAUGCCCUGGCUCUAGUUCCUUUAUCAAGCUCUUCUCCUUAAGGACAAUGUGUUUUUUAACUGCACCCAGAUUUCUCCUGGAUGAAGCUGGCAUGUGCUGCGGUGGUCGAUUCGAAGGUGCGUCAUAGGGUUUUUGCUUGGAAUGCUUGCGAGAUUUUCCAUCUGCCAAGGCCUGCAUUGUCUUUGAAGAGUUUCCUUUGACGGCUAAGCUCAACAUCAAAGCACUUCUUGAGUUUGCGGCUGCCAGUUGCCCUUUUGGCUUGAUCUCCUUGGUGAGGCUUUUUGACUUGGAUGCAUGAACUUUUGGAGAAUUUUUUAAGGAACUUGCUUUUUUCUUUGUAUCCACCAAAGUUCUCUUUUGCUCCUCGAUAGCUACUUUCCUCUCUUCGCUACCAUCGUUUCUAGCAUUUGUGGAAGAGCUGGACUUUGCCCGCUUAGCCUGUUGCUUUCUUUUUUUCCACUCUUUUCGCUGUUUUCUCCUCUCUUCUUGCGUAUUCUCGCGAGAUUUUCGUUUUCUGCCCUUGUUGUCGUCAUUAGCGUCCAUAACGGAUAAGCAGUCGAACACUUAAGCUAAAAAAAUUACUCUAGAGAUGCGCUUGAAAAUCGCUCACUCUCGGGUUAUUUUAACCGCGUUCCGUGUGAAAGGUUUCGCGCACCAGGUAGCGUAUAGGUCACGUUUUAAGCAGGUAAAAAUUUAUCAAUCCCGAAGAAGGUCGAAUGACAGAAAAAAAACUUUCACGUGUCCAUAAAAAUCAAGUCUUUCUUUUGGUCAGCUAAAGUCAAUGUGACUACAAAGAGCGCAUUGAAACGUUUUAAAGACAUCAAUAUAACAUGAAAGAGUACAAAAAGGUUACUUUUUUGCGUUCUCGAUUAACACUGCAGCGGGGUUCAAAACCACAAAAUGGCAUCACCAGGCAUCUUAAGCUUCCUGUCUGUUAUCUUUGAUGCGUCAGGGAAGAUCAUGUAUCAAGCGACUGACUUUUGCGAAAUUAAAUUUCACACCUAAGAAUUUAAUUAGCAUAGCGUCUUUAGCAACUGUGGCUUCCACCAGCGUCCAAAAAAUUCUCUAUGAGGCCCCUCAUGGAAGUUCAGCUGGCCAUGAGUAGCCUGGCCUGCAAGGUUAACUGCCCGAAAGGAAUUAGGGGAAGACGAGGAAAGACUGGUCCUCGGGGAAAUCAGGGUCCACCCGGUCCUCAAGGACCCCAGGGACGUAAAGGAAACAGAGGUGCUCAAGGAGAUCAGGGACCACCUGGGCCUAAAGGCGAUCAGGGCCCUCAAGGACCAAAGGGCGAUCCUGGUGAAUCCGUCUCAGCUCCUUCUAUUGUGUCACCUCCGAUGUCCAUGGUGGUAAACGAAACUGAUAUAGCCUUGUUGCAGUGUGAGGUUAAAGGAAAUCCAACACCCCAGGUCACAUGGCUGAAACAAAAUUCCAGCAUCUCUUUGGACAAACGUAUUGUAAAAUCAGGUGGUCGACUGAUGAUUCGAGAUGUGACAUCACAGGACAGAGGGGUGUACACGUGUAGGGCGAGAAACAUUCUUGGAGUCAUGAUCUCAUCGGCCACAUUAACUGUUCAAGGUAAUUUACUUCCCAAUACCAACGUGUCAGUAGUCUUAUUUCGCUGUCAAACAUCUAAACAACUAAAUACUGUUUAAUACAGCUCUAGCAAAAGUGCAUCGGAUCGAUCUCUUGGAUAUACACUGGUUAGGAUGCUUACAUGCCCAAAUGUUUUGUGUCCCAUUCAACUAUCACCCCAGAGGUUGUCCAUAGUCAUAAGAAAAAAUUUUAUCAUGGAAACAAUGCAAAUUGACCUGUUUGGCUUCAACAUUUCAAUUCCUUGUAUAAAAGCGAUCGAUGCUGGCACGCCGACGUCACCCAUUGAUAUUAUUCUGCCAUCCAGAAGCGUAUUUAACGGUUCUUGAAAUCAAUUUUUUUUGUUUCACUCGUUACAAAUUCGAAUAUCAAACACAAUGUCUGUCACAGUGAUGGCUCCGAUUAUCUUGAAUAGGACACCGCUGUACAAAAAAUUCUCUUAAGAAGUUGGUGCUGCAGUUAAGCAGAACAAAAUUACUAGACAAGAUUCUUCUUACUUGACAUAUGACAGUAAUUAACUGUAUUCAAUAUGGAAUCGUGAAAGCCCCGCUUAUGACCUAGUGUAAAUCAAAUAUCUUGUAUUCGCGAGGGGAGUCAAAAGCUCGACGGGGUCGGAGGCCAUCGGAAGAAUCGGAACGUCUCUAGUCUCUUCCGACUCCGGCUUAUCCCUUCACCGCUUAUAAUCUGGUAAAAACCAGUUUGUGGGAGUUGCAAAUAGAAGCGGAAGAAUACAGAAAUCAUUUGCUCCCCACGUUUUGUGAUAGGCUUGCUUCUUCUGCGUCUGGCCGCGACUUCGAAAAUUUGAUUUUCAACAGAUCGUCAUGAUCGGAGUCGUAAAUCAGUACACUGUGUGAGUCUUUGACACCGACUCGAUCCGCUGUUGAAAAUCUGAACCGUCAGACUUCACAGGGGCGACGGCCUUACAAAAGGCUUUACGCUGGUUUCGUUAAACUGCACGGAGUAAUUUUUGUUCACAAAUAUGAAAUUAAUGUAUUUCUUUUUCCAUGUCUGUUCCCUCAUUCAUUCUUUUCCAUCUCGUUGCUAAGGUUAACUUACAGAAAACUCCUCAUGGGUGCUCAAAGUAAUCGGGUGAUAUGUUCUUUCGUGUUUCUUAAUUGCAGUUGCUGCAUUGAUCACACAAAAGCCCUCCUCUGUUAUCGUUGAAGAAGGAGAAAACGUGACCCUAGUGUGCAAAGCUUCUGGUCAACCGAUGCCAACGGUGACGUGGCGAAAAGCAUUUGGUCACUUGCCAAGAGGAAAAACUACAGUGAUCGAUGGGAAUGUGAGCAUAGAAAGUGUAACAAAGGCAGAUGGUGGGACAUACGCAUGCUCAGAAAAAAAUCUCCUUGGAGAAGACUCUGCUGUCGCCCUAGUAGCUGUGAUUGACAGGCUUACAUUUACUCUGACACCUCCCAUAAAGUUCGUAGCCUCUGAAUUAGGUAACCUGAUGCUCAAUUGCCAGGCUCAGGGAUCCAUUGAGAAUUCUUGGAAAAGAACCAACAAAAAUCUUCCUCAAAACCACGUUGUCUUUCCAAACGGAACUUUAUUUCUCAGGAACGUGUCAACAAAAGAUGCCGGAACUUACACAUGUGUAGCUAAAAAUUAUCAACGAACAAUUAAGGCAUCGUCUAUUGUUGAAGUGCAAAAGGAAACGUCUUGUAGCGGCAUUAAAUCAGGCCGCAGUGGAAGUUCAUCAGGUAAUUAUAUUAUUGACCCUGAUGGCAAAGGAGGCGUGGCACCGUUCAGUGUGUAUUGUGAUAUGAGUGACAAGGGAGGAGUUGGCGUGACAGUCAUCAGUCACGAUAGUGAGAGUAGAACCUAUGUUGGUAACAUUCCCGGAUGUAAUUUGGAUAACCCUGGUUGUUACAGUAGAGAUGUGACUUAUAGUGGAGUCAGCACCGCUCAGUUGGCAGCACUCACUCGAGUCUCACAAAACUGUGAACAGUUUAUCAAGUUUGAGUGUAGCAGUGAUGUAUCCUUUGUACAGGAGUCAGUUGCCUGGUGGGUGUCACGUGAUGGAAGGAAAAUGAACUACUGGGGAGGAGCUGGUGGAUCACCCAACAUGUGCGCAUGCGGAGUCACAAACUCUUGCUCCAAUGGUCAAAAGUGUAAUUGUCACGAGCAAAACAGGGGCUGGAAAGAAGACAGCGGUCUGCUGCUUGACAAGUCUGCUCUUCCUGUGUCACAAAUCAGACUGGCGGACUUUGAUCGUUCAGAUGAAGAAGGAUAUCAUACGCUAGGAAAACUCAAGUGUUAUGGCCAGGCAUGA